GUUAAAUAAACUCUUUGUGAGCUGUAAGGAUCUCAUCAUUUGAACUUCAAGAGUUUCGAACCACCACAACAUCAUAUAAAUAAAGCCACUUUUGCCCCACUGCUCACAUCAGGAGCACACAAUCUCAGCGAGAUCAACCUAACCGCAAUCGAUCGCUGGCCGAGCGUGCUCCCUAGCGGGUUCCGAUCAGUUCUGACUGGGAUGCCUUGCAAAGCGGUUUGACCGGAGGCGCGCAGCCCUGAAAGUAUUCGCGAUCGCCGUAUCGAACCCGUAUUCCGACGAACUGAAAUUCCCGAGCAAUGUUACUACACGAGAGUGCCGCCACCAUGGAACAGAGUAUGCCCGAGAACCUCAGCACUCACGCGUGCGGCGAGUGUGAAGUGAAUGCUCCUCUGACGGACUGCCGCGGUUUGGGGGAAAGUGAUCCUGAGGUGCCGUCCAAAGGGUCCACAGUCAGCACGUCGCCGCCCAAAGGGUCCGCAAUCAGCUCGGCGCCGCCAGCCACAAGCAACACCAAAGUGAAGCUCAGUUUUAGUGUCGACCGGCUACUGAGCUGUGAGCCCGGCGAGCCGCACAGGAACACCUCCUCGUCGCCCUCGGCCAAGUCCUGCUGCGAAGGGGGCGUCUUCUCCUGCUGCUCGUUUCCGCACUGCUUCAGCCAAGCUGGGGGCGAAACCCGUAAGUUCGGCCAUGCUCCCAACCCUGUACCUGCGGCACCCACGUCCACGGCCCCGUACCCUUUCGUGGGACUCGACAAGCUGUAUCCCAGCCUGUAUAUGGAUUACAAAUCAGUGCUGAGACCCACGCCGAUUCGGGCAGCAGACCACGCCGCGCCCACGUACCCCACUCUGGCCACAAACGCGCUACUCCGCUUCCAUCACCACCAGAAACAGCAGCAUCAACAACACCAUGCAAAACAGCUCCAUCAGCAGCAUAAGCCCCCGCAGCACAACUCGACGACAGCUUCGGGGCUGCUGGCGCCCCUUCACAGCCUUUCCACGCUGCAUCUGAAUCAGCAGCAGCGGUUUCUGGGCAAGACGCCGCAGCAGCUACUGGACAUCGCUCCCACGACUCCGGCGGCAGCCACAUUACAAAAUGGUGGCCACCCACAGAAGGCCAGCGGCGGUGCUCCAAGCAACGCCGCAGGAAACAACAACGGGAAGCGCAAACGCUCCUGGUCUCGGGCCGUCUUCACGAAUCUACAGCGCAAGGGCCUGGAGAUCCAGUUCCAGCAGCAGAAGUACAUCACAAAGCCAGACCGCCGAAAGCUGGCGGCACGGCUGAACCUCACCGACGCUCAGGUGAAGGUGUGGUUCCAAAACCGACGCAUGAAAUGGAGACACACAAGGGAGAAUCUAAAGAGCGGUCAGGAGAAGCAGCCCAGUGCGGUCCAGGGAGGCGGAGGUGGCUUUAAGACUUCCACGGUAUCAGAAGACAGCACAGCCCACGAGACGCUCGACUACAGUUCCGACAGCUGUUCCAGCGCGGACUUAAGUGAGCAGGCCGACGACGACGAUAACAUUGAAAUUAAUGUGGUCGAGUAGACCAAAGUUCUGUAAAAAUGUGCUAUGUAUCGAUACGCAUGUCAAAUGUACAUUUAGAUGUAUUUAUUUCAAUAGUUACUAACAGUUAUGUACACAAAUACCGGAAAAUGAAUUUAAAUUAUUAUAAGACUA